GUAAAAUGGGCGAGAGAACUCUACGCACGAAGACAGUGUUUGUCUUUAGUUAUGGUGAACUGAUUCGCCUGACUCAAGAUCAAACCCUCAUCAUCAACUCCAUUUUGCCUCUGGGAGAGGAUUGUCUUCAAAUCAGCUACACGCCCAUUAAGGAAACAGACGAGUGUUUGAAAACAACAUCCUUGAUACACGCUGCUUACACAACAGCCCACGGGCGUUUACUCUUGUACAAGUACCUGGAUGCUGUGGGUGAAAGAGCAAUCUACCAUGACACAGAUUCCAUCUGCUUCCUCUCUGUUCCUGGUCAACCCGAUCCAAAGUUGGGUCAAUUUCUGGGUGACAUGACGGAUCAACUCGCCGAUGAUUACGGUCCUGGAUCAUUUAUAACGGAGUUUUUAGCUGCCGGACCAAAAAAUUACAGUUAUAAAACAGCGGUGGGGGGUGAUCUGAACAACAUUAAAACAGUGAUCAAAGUCCGCGGAAUUUCGGUAAACACGUCUUCUGCAAAGACUGUCACAUUUGAAACACUUAAAGACAUGAUUCUCAGUGAUGAACAAAAACAGACACUUGUACACAUACCUGCACAGAUAGCGCGGUUGCCUGGGUGGCGCAUUGUUACACGUCCUUCAUCAAAAACGUGGCAGGUGUGUUUGAAUAAGCGAAGACGUAUAGACAAAGAACGGACAGUGGCUUAUGGUUACCAAGGUACACUUCUAGAUGACGAUGAUUAUGACCUCCUUAACACACUGGCACUUUUGUAUAAUGAAUAAAACAUGUGUACUGUGUGCUGUAAAUGUGUAUUGUAAAUUUAUUUAUUGUAAA